AUGACGGCUCACUUUACUGCAGUCAGCUGCUGCCGGACUCGGUGUCAGUGUGACGAGCUCCCGUGCCCGCUGCUCAGCUGCUUGUCUGCGGAGCUGAGGAGGGUCUAUCCGAAGCUGAGGGACUCAGUUGGAACGGGCAAUGUGUUGCUGGUGGGCGAGCUGAGAACUUUAUUAUCAGACAUGUUCUCUCCUCUCACCGUGCUGAUGUCAGAGGUGCUGGAUCCAAGUGUCCUCAACAAAGUCAUUCAAUUCCUUGUAUCAGAACUGCAAGCAGCUCACAUGAUCAAGCGUCAGGAAUCACAUCCUGAGGAGAAGACAACAGGAGACGAGUCUGAAAAAGAGCAGCGAGUUGUAGAUCACAGCCAUGAAGACGAAGAUGAAGAAGAAGAAGAUUAUUCUGACAAAGAGAGGAGGCAGGCUGAGAUGCAGGCGGAGUGGAUAUUAGUGUUGCAUGCACUUAACAUGGACGCCUCUUCCCGAUUUGAGGAUGUGUUGAGUGAAGUGGAGUCCAGGCUCGCUCGUCUUCCAUGUGGAGCCAUGAUGGAUCCUCUGCUUAACGCCAACCUCCGCUCAGAGCAGUGGGUUCGAGUUAAAACGAUCGGUCAAGUCCUGUCAAAGGAUUAUCAGAGUCGCUGGCAGAUGAUGACCAAACGCUUUCAGGUCACACUUGAGUCCUUUCCACAAUGUCCAUCCAAACUGAAAUAUUGA